ACGUCACAAUCCCUAAAUCAAUAUAAAAUUCUCUCCUCUGCAUUUGUUAUCUGUAGCAAACUGUAGUAGACGAAACCAAGCUCUUUUAAUGUCUUCCACCGAGAACAAGAUGAUGUCUACGGAGCAACCAUCUCUUCCGCUGCUCUUAUCCACACCGCAACCACCUCCUAACCCAUCACUUCCCGAUGAUUUGCUACUGAGCUGCUUCGCACGCGUUUCAAGAUUGUACUACCCAACUCUCUCCUUAGUAUCCAAGAGGUUCCGUUCACUCAUUACUUCACCGGAGCUUUACAAGAUUCGAUCCCUUUUAGGCCACUCUGAGAUUUGUCUCUAUGUGUGCUUUGAGUACUAUGAUGGGAUUCAUGGCCCUAACACACGUUGGUUCACUCUCUGCCGCAAACCUGAUCAAACCCUUAACAAGAACGAGAAGUCAAGUGGGUAUGUUUUCGCUACACUCCAAACUCCCAAUUACCCUCCUGUGCGCUCGUCGAAUCUAGUGGCCGUUGGUUCUAACAUCUAUAACAUUGGCGGAUCCAUUUACAAUGUGCCCUUGUCUAAAGUAUCGAUCUUGGAUUGUCGGUCUCACACGUGGCGAGAGGGUCCGAGUAUGCAGGUGGAACGGUAUUGGUCGGUGGUGAACGUUCUUGAUGAAAAGAUAUACGUAGCAGGAGGGUGUCAAGACUACAAUUCCUCAAACUGGAUGGAAGUCUUCGAUCCAAAAACACAAACUUGGGAGCAUGUGUUGAGCCCUCUCACGGAGAGAUGUGGAAGUCUUGUAUGGAGGAGCGCGGUGCUCGACGAAGAAAUCUACAUGUAUGGGACUUGGGGUGUGGCUUACAAGCCAAAGGAAGAUAGAUGGAAACCGUUAGCAGAGGUUUGUUUGGAAUUAGGAUGGUUAGAGAACCCUGAUUGUGUGAUUGAUGACAUAUUAUUUUGUUAUAGUGAUUCACACGGUAUAAGAUGGUACGACUCUAGGAUAAGAUAUUGGUUACGUUUGCAAGGUUUGGAUGAGUUGCUGCUGCCAAUGUAUGCUAAUUCUGGUUAUGUCAAAUUGGCGAAUUAUGGUGGGAAGAUGGCGUUUUUGUGGGACAAAUAUGUACCUUCCAGUGAAGACAAAGAGAUUUGGUGUGCGGUGAUUAACCUUGAAAGACACAACUUUGAAGAGAUGUGGGGAGAAGUGGAGUGGCUUGAUGUUGUGCUUACUGUCCCUUUCUCUUAUGCAUUCGUGUCAGCUCUUGUUGCUACCGUAUGAUGCUAAAAAGAUUGGUGAGUAAUUUAAGUGAUUGUGGGUUUUGUUAUAUGAUUUUUAUGUGUGCAAUAAAACAUCAUUUCACUUGUUAAUCUUUGAUAAUUAGCUUAUGCUGUGUUGUUGGUGACAAUGACAAUUGACAAUGAUCACUUAUUAAGAAAAGAUUCACUACUCUCUUUUUUAUGA